UUACGAUUCGCGAUACUUUUUGAACACGCCUCGUAUUCCAAAGCCUUUAAAUAGUCUACACGUAGGGAUAUUGAUAGACAUAUGUAUGUUGCAUAUAUAAGGUAACAGCUGCAAUUAAAUUUCUGAUGACAAAAGCGCGACUACACAGAUGACUGGUUCCCACUGCAGAAAAGAAUCCACAAAGCCAUGCUAAUUCCACACAUCUUUCCUCUAUUUAAUCGCGCACUAGUCAUUUUGUGGGGUAGUUGACAAAUAAAGUAUACAGUGUCAACCACAGAAUCUAUAACGCUAAAAGUAGUUAACCCUCAGUUUAGAGAGUGGAAAUCAUCAGCACUAUGACUUACUACGAAAAUCUACCGUUAUAUGCAGUAAAUGUGAAAGUUUUCGUUAAAUUGGGAUUCAUCGACUCAACUGGCUGGACGAAGGGACUUCUAUUUUGCUUAAUACUAAUAAUAACAUAUGUGGGGGCAAUCAUAAAUAUGUGUAAGACAUAUGAGGACAUUGGCGAGACAACCAUGAAUUUUCAUCGUCUGUUGCUUAUAACACAUUGUUUAAUUCGUUUCUGCAUCAUCGUGAAGAAGAAGAAUAAAUUUGAGCGCUUCUUUCAAUGUAUCGAGCAGUGGCACAGAGAAAUCGAGCGAAACGACGAUCCACAAAUGGUCGGUAUACUACAGGAAAUCACCAAACGAACUCAACUGCUAAGCAAAAUGACCAUCUAUGUAGCCGCUGGCGGAACACUAGCCGCUAUCGUCUAUCCAUUAUCAUUUGAUGAACGCAGACAUAUGAUAACAAUGCAAUUCCCACACUUCGAUGUCCUCCAAACACCAUUCUAUGAAAUAUUUUUUCUCAUGCAAGUGACGUGGUUCACACCGGCCGUUUUGGUUCUCUCUCUCCCCUUUACGAAUAUUUUCCUCAUAUCCCUCAUGUUCGGCGAAUUGGUCUUAAAGGAUUUGUGUGUGAAGCUAAGAAAUAUACGCAGUGAGAAUGAGGAAACUAUGCUACAGGAGUUCAAAGAAUGCAUUGCGUAUCACCGAAAAAUUGUCGAUUGGUGUGCUGAUCUCCAAGAUUUGCUUUCAAUGGAUGGAUUCUUUCACGUUGCGCUCUUUGGUAUGAUGCUCUGCAUACUGCUCUUCUUUCUUUCAUUGAUACAUGAUCUCCGACUUUUUCUAGCGGCACUGUCAUUUGUCAGUUUCACUACUUAUAUUAUUAGCAUUACCUAUUAUUAUGCGAACAAACUAGCAACUGAGAGUCUUGAAGUUGCCAACGCCAUCUAUGACACACCUUGGUAUAGAGGAAAUUUGGAAAUGCGUAAAUGUGUUAUUACUAUGAUUGCAAGAUGUCAGAAACCCCUACAAAUGAAGGCCGGUGGGCUAUAUCCGAUGACUAUGGAGACUUUCCAAGCCAUUUUACGUGUUUCGUACUCAUAUUUUUCCCUACUACAAGGCCUUAAUCAACAGUAACUCACUGAUAUACUUUUAUGGUGUAGUGUAGCAUAAAUAUACUUAAUUUAUAAUAUAGAAAAAUGUAUUGGGUCUAUUGAUA